AUGAUACCAAACACAAGUCUAGAAGCUGUCUCCUUUUUAGAGCGUAGUAAUAGUAGCGUAGAAGAAAGUAACAAGCGAAGGAUGUGGUGGGAGAAGGUGUUAGAUGUUGAAGAGGCCAAGAACCAACUCUUGUUUUCGCUGCCCAUGAUUCUCACUAAUGUUUUCUACUACUUGAUAACUUUGGUGUCGGUCAUGUUUGCUGGUCAUCUCGGGGAGCUUGAGCUUGCUGGAGCCACCCUGGCUAACUCAUGGGCUACCGUCACUGGCUUUGCCUUCAUGAUAGGGUUGAGUGGAGCACUUGAAACACUGUGUGGUCAAGGAUUUGGUGCAAAGAUUUACAGAAUGCUCGGAAUAUAUCUACAAGCAUCCAGCAUUAUAUCGUUCAUCUUCUGCAUUACCAUAUCGGUUAUAUGGUUCUAUACAGAGCCAAUUCUGAUAUUAUUACAUCAAGAUGCUCACAUUUCUACCGCCGCUGCUCUCUACAUGAAGUGUCUCAUUCCUGGACUGUUCGCGUACGGCUUCCUGCAGAACAUCCUGAGGUUUCUUCAGACACAAUCUGUAGUGAUGCCCCUUGUGGUAUUCUCGUUAGUACCAAUGGGCAUUCAUAUUGGUAUUGCUUAUUCUUUGGUUCAUUUUACAGCUCUUGGGUUUAAGGGAGCUCCACUGGCAGCAUCAAUUUCACUAUGGAUAUCAGUCCUAAUGUUAGGCAUUUAUGUGAUUUCUGCAAAGAAAUUUGAGCAUACAUGGGAUGGGUUUUCAUUUGAGUCAUUUCGUUACAUUCUUCGUGACUUGAAACUAGCCCUGCCUUCUGCUGCAAUGGUAUGCUUGGAGUAUUGGGCUUUUGAGAUUCUGGUGUUCCUAGCAGGAUUGAUGCCAGGCUCAGAAAUAAGUACCUCACUGAUCGCAAUAUGUGUGAACACAGAAACCGUGGCCUACAUGUUAACCUACGGACUCAGUGCUGCUGCAAGUACGCGGGUGUCAAAUGAGUUGGGAGCAGGCAAUCCAGAUAGAGCUAAGCGUGCUGUAACUGUGACUCUCAAGCUCUCUCUCCUUCUUGCCCUUGUUGUUGUUCUGGCUCUAGCAUUUGGUCACAACAUCUGGGCUGGCCUAUUCAGUAGUAGUUCUACAAUAAUAAAGAAAUUUGCCUCAAUGGCUCCCUUCCUUGCAAUUUCGAUUGCUCUUGAUUCUGUGCAAGGUGUCUUAUCAGGGGUGGCCAGGGGCUGUGGUUGGCAGCAAUUGGCGGUUUAUGCUAACUUGACAACGUUCUACUUAAUUGGCAUGCCUAUAGCCUGUGUUCUUGGAUUCAAGUUAAAGCUUUAUGUUAAGGGUUUAUGGAUUGGCUUAAUCUGUGGCCUCUGUUGCCAAGCCGGCGUGCUCUUGAUGAUUACAGUAAGGACCAGUUGGACCAAAACAGAUCUGUCUGUAACCAGAGAUAAAGAGAACCCCAUUGUCGUCUAA